GGUGCGUGCGCCCGGCGCUCUGAGGGGCCCGACGCCGUUGGAGUCGGGGGCGGGGCGGGGGGAACAUGGCGGCGCACCUGUCCUACGGGCGAGUGAACCUGAACGUGCUGCGCGAGGCAGUGCGCCGCGAGCUGCGCGAGUUCCUGGACAAGUGCGCGGGAAGCAAGGCAAUAGUUUGGGAUGAGUACUUAACAGGACCAUUUGGCCUGAUUGCACAGUACUCACUACUGAAGGAACAUGAAGUAGAAAAAAUGUUCACACUUAAAGGAAGUCGUUUGCCAGCAGCUGAUGUCAAGAAUAUUAUUUUCUUUGUCAGACCCCGGCUAGAAUUAAUGGAUAUCAUCGCUGAAAAUGUGCUCAGCGAAGACAGACGUGGCCCAACCAGAGACUUCCACAUCUUGUUUGUGCCACGCCGGAGCUUGCUGUGCGAACAGCGGUUGAAGGACCUGGGUGUUCUGGGCUCUUUUAUUCACAGGGAGGAGUACAGCUUAGACCUCAUCCCAUUCGAUGGGGAUCUCUUAUCCAUGGAGUCAGAGGGCGCGUUCAAAGAGUGCUACCUGGACGGUGACCAGACGAGCCUGUACCAUGCGGCCAAGGGGCUGAUGACCCUGCAAGCUCUGUACGGAACCAUCCCCCAGAUCUUCGGGAAAGGAGACUGCGCUCGGCAAGUGGCCAACAUGAUGAUCCGGAUGAAGAGAGAGUUCACUGGAAGCCAAAAUUCAGUAUUUCCUGUUUUUGAUAACCUGCUGCUGCUUGAUCGGAACGUGGACUUAUUAACACCUCUCGCCACUCAGCUUACGUAUGAAGGACUCAUCGACGAAAUUUACGGCAUUCAGAACAGUUACGUCAAGUUGCCGCCCGAGAAGUUUGCCCCCAAGAAGCAGGGCGAUGGCAAGGACCUCCCCGCCGAGGCCAAGAAGCUGCAGCUGAAUUCUGCCGAGGAGCUCUACGCCGAGAUCCGGGACAAGAACUUCAACGCGGUGGGCUCGGUGCUCAGCAAGAAAGCCAAGGUCAUCUCGGCGGCCUUCGAGGAGCGACACAACGCCAAGACCGUGGGGGAGAUCAAGCAGUUCGUCUCCCAGCUGCCACACAUGCAGGCGGCAAGAGGCUCCCUGGCAAACCACACCUCGAUUGCGGAGCUGAUCAAAGACGUCACCACUUCUGAAGACUUCUUUGAUAAAUUAACAGUGGAACAGGAGUUUAUGUCUGGAAUAGAUACUGAUAAGGCCAACAGCUACAUCGAGGACUGCAUUGCCCAGAAGCACCCGUUGGUCAAGGUGUUAAGGCUGGUUUGCCUGCAGUCCGUGUGCAAUAGUGGACUCAAACAGAAAGUUCUGGAUUAUUACAAACGAGAAAUUCUCCAGACUUACGGCUACGAGCACAUCCUGACCUUGCACAACCUGGAAAAGGCCGGCCUGCUGAGACCGCAGACGGGAGGCAGGAACAACUACCCGACCAUCCGGAAGACGCUGCGCCUCUGGAUGGAUGACGUCAAUGAGCAAAACCCUACUGAUAUAUCCUACGUGUACAGUGGUUACGCGCCGCUCAGCGUGCGGCUGGCCCAGCUGCUGUCGCGGCCCGGCUGGCGCAGCAUCGAGGAGGUCCUCCGCAUCCUCCCGGGGCCCCACUUCGAGGAGCGGCAGCCCCUGCCCACAGGGCUGCAGAAGAAACGUCAACCAGGAGAAAACCGAGUCACCCUGGUGUUCUUCCUCGGGGGUGUGACCUUCGCUGAGAUCGCGGCGCUGCGGUUCCUCUCCCAGCUGGAGGAUGGAGGGACGGAGUACGUCAUCGCCACCACGAAGCUAAUGAACGGCACCAGCUGGCUGGAGGCUCUGAUGGAGAGACCGUUCUAGCGCGUGCAGGAAACCCUUUUUGAAGAAGUUGCAGAGAGGAAAUGAAACCCCGUGGAAGAAAACAGGAACACAGCACUUACUUUGGGGCCAGCUUCCUCCGUUAUACUACUGCGUAUUCCUUCCUGCUUCUCUCUUUAUAUUCCUAAUUUCUUGAAGAAAGAAGAAUAGGAAGGAAAAGAAAUAGAAGGUAAAAGAGAAAUUGAGUUUGCAUUUUCCCAGCUGAGGGUCUUCAGUAGAGGUGGCUGGAAAUACGGGAGGGGGGUAGCGAGAGACGGCCCCUGGGCUGCAGGCAGGCUGCACGCAGGGGCCCGGGUGAAAGUGAGAUUCAGAGUGGAAGGGCCACCCCAGCACACAGCGCUGUUCGGGCAAGAGCUCCUCCUGCACUGGGCAGAGUUCCCUCGGGCGGCACACUGUAUGCCGUGUCGCCAGUCUCUGUCGUGUCCUUCUGAGAAAGCAAGCUGCGUGUCCGGAGGUUAAACUCAAGAACAUGGUGCUGAGGGAGCAGCUUUCUGCGAUGCCACCGUCCAGUGAGGCGCGAUGUUGCCUCCGGAACUGGGCGUGGCAGGUGCCUCUGCUGAGCCUUCAGUCCUUCUCUGUGUCCAUCCAUCCUGGGCCCAGUGUCCAGCUCGUCCCUCCCUCAACAGGGAUGACUCUUGCUGCUUCAGCGCCUGGCAGGUCCGUCUCCCUGGUAACCACCUCCUGCCUUUCUCCCCACAUCCAUUGGCUUGUAAACAUCCAGCCCAGUGUUUCCGUCCCUGGUCUGGUGACCUCAGCUUCUGCUAUGCGUCCCCUCCGUGACCUUGGAGUUCAGCAGCUCCUGCUCCUGCUGCAGGAGACUCUUAGGCUGUGGUUGAGAGUGGGGUUGGUGGAGUGUUGGAAUCCAUUGUGUGUCCCUACCUCCCUCCUGCUCCACAGCAGGGACUGGAGGAGUGAAGAGCACGGAGAAGGGGGCCACGCUGAUGGCCCCUGCCCACGUCCCCAGAACCAGGUGGGCCUUUGCACAUUAUGCCCCUCAUCAGAACCACGUGAUUUCCCCUGCCUUUGCAUGGGUGGAGUUCUGAUGAGUGCACUACACUGCAUCUGAUGAGUAGGACAGAAGUUCUGUGUUUCUUAAGCUUUAUUUAUUGGUUUGAAAUGCACAGUGACAGAGAGAAGGAACAUUAGAGAAAGAUCUUCCAUCUGCUGGUUCGCUCCCCAAAUGCCUGCAAGAGCAAGGGCUGGGCCAGGCUGAAACUAGACCAUUUGGGUCUCCCACAGGGGUGGCAGGACUGCAAGUACUUGGGCCGUCACCAUCUGCUGUCUCCCAGGUGCCUUAGCAGGAACCUGGAUCCCAAGUGGGGAUGGCACUCAGUCCCAGGCACUCUGACAUGAGAUGCGGGGUGACCAAAGGGGUGGCUUAACUUCAUCUCAAAGCUCGCCCCAUGUUGUUUUUGUUUUUUGUUUUUAAUCACUUUAUUAUAAGAAUGAAGUGUGGUGGAGGUAAUAUUUAAAAUAUGAGCUUCUCAUGAAAUUAAUUUGGCUUUGACAUUUAGUAUUUGGACAUGCCAAACUGUUUCUAAAAUGGAAAACCAUUCUUUAGGAAAGCCUAUUUCCAAUACUUGCUCUCCCAGGGAGAUUCGUCUAUGCUUCCAGCCUCAGCUGCUUUAGAGGAUAAAGCCCGCCUUGUCCCUCGGUGUGUUUGGCUCGUGGGAUUCAGCGCAAGUCUGCUCAGGCCUCCCUCUGUCCUGUGAACAGAUGCCAGCUGCAGCCUCGUGUGUCCCCGCUCACUGGGGGCUCCGCGUGUUCGCUCAGUCAGCUCCAAAGUGCACGCGGCACAGAAGGAAUGAGGCAGUUGCUUCAUCUGUAUGUAAAUACAGAGUGGAAAGUUAACUAUUA